GAGCCAUUUCUUUCUUCCACUCGAACUUCGUUUUGCUCACGACCCCCAUAACUUUCCUCCACAUAGCCAAUCCUGCUAUGAGCCUGCCUCUGGGAGAGCGAGAACGAGAGAGGAGUCCGUAGAGAAUGAAACUGCUUGCAUUCGCCAAGCGCGCAUCCAUGACAUUUUCCUGUUGUCUUCGCCCAGUGCUUUCAACGACGAUUCGCUCCUCCUCUUCUUCUUCUUCUUCCUCUGAUUCUGUGAAAUGGGAAGGCGGGGUUUCCAUGGUGCAGGGCGCUUCCAGGGGGAUCGGGCUUGAAUUCGUCAAGCAGCUGCUUCAAAAUAGUGAAAAAGGGCAUGUCAUUGCUACAUGCCGCAAACCUAACGAGGCAUUAGGGCUUCUUUCGCUCAAAAAUAUGUUUGCUGAACGCCUUAGCAUUCUGCCACUCGACGCAACCAAUGAAAGUACCAUAGAGGCAUCUGCAAAGUCCAUAAGAGAUAGAUAUGGCUUCUUGAAUCUUCUGGUUAAUGCAUCCGGAAUUCUUUCAAUACCUGAUGUGCUCCAACCAGAAACGACACUCCUCAAAGUAGAGAAGUCAUCAUUGCUGCUCACGUAUGAGGUUAAUGCUGUGGGCCCUAUCCUUGUCAUCAAGCAGCACAUGUGGCCCCUUCUAAAGGCUGGUGGAGGCACUGGUACUGAUAGAGAUGUUGCUGUUGUGGCCAAUAUCAGUGCCCGGGUGGGUUCAAUUGGGGACAAUCGCCUUGGUGGGUGGCACUCUUAUCGAUCCUCCAAAGCUGCAUUGAAUCAGUUGACAAAAACGGUAUCAGUGGAGUUUGCACGUAGGAAGGAUCCAGUUAUCUGCAUUUUGCUGCACCCAGGCACAGUGGACACAGAUCUCUCGAAGCCGUUUCAGAGAAAUGUUCCUGAAGGCAAGCUUUUCACCAAGGAGUAUUCGGUGCAGAAGCUCUUGGGAAUUAUUGACCAUGCAAAGAUUCAAGACAAUGGCAAGUUUUUCGCCUGGGAUGGUCAAGAAAUCCCAUGGUAGUCUAUACAAUUACAUUGCUCAAUUGUUUAUUUAUCUUGAGAGAGAGAGAGAGAGAGAGUCUCCUGUCCAACGACAUUUUCUCCUGCUGUUCUUUACUGUUUUGAUAGUUUUGUCAUUUCUUUGUUCUUUUACUAUAGAAGUUCCUUAUUUUGCAUUGUGAACCUUCCUGA